AUGGCCUCCCAAGAAGUUGAUAGUGCAGAGCUCGGGGCAGCCUUGGCAGGUGGUGUCCCAGGAAGCCAGGUGGAACCAGAGGUGGUGAAUAAUUCUGCCUACUGGCCCAUUAACUGAUCAUAAAAUUACCAAGAGUGGGAACUAAAAGCCCUCGGGGCUAUCCAGAUCCUGAAUGGAGCAAUAAUUCUGUCUCUGGGUGUUUUUAUGGGUUCCUUACAAAACUUGCCCCAUCCAUCCAAUUACAUAUUUUUCUUGAUCGCUUAUACAGGCUAUCAGAUAUGGAGCACUAUAUCUAUCGCUGAACACUUCCACAUUGGUAACACAGAGCUCAAUUCUCAGUCUUCAUCUAAUUGA